AUGUCCGAUGACAACGUCGAUCUCUUCAUUGAGGGUCCCCCUGAGGAGGACCAGGAUGGCAGGGCUCCAAUUGAUGACGAUGUUGCUAUUCCUAUUGAUGAGAUUCCUGUUGUUGAUGUCAUUCUACCUGUCGUGGUUCCUGUUGUGGAGGUUUUAUCUGACCAGUCUGGUCACGAUUCGUCUGGUCACGAUUCGUUUGAGUCCGUGUCGUCUUCUACUCAUCAUGCACUAGGAUUACAUCGAUAUCCCACAGACACUGAUUCUGACACUGCGAUGUCUGCAGCGCCUGAUUCGCCGCAGGAUUUUGAGUUCGACGAUGAGUUUGACCCUGAUUUUCCGCACGAUUUCGAUCCAGACCAUGAGGUUGAGUUUAUCCCUGAGGAGCAGCCUGUUGAGGCACCUGUUUUUCCUGAUGAUCAGCACCCUGAUGUACCCGCUGAUCAUGAGCUUGCUCCCGCCGACCCAGAGCCUGAGUUAGCACCAGAGCCCGUUUUUGCUCACGACCCUUUACCUGUGCACGACCCUAUCCCUGUUGAGGUGCCAGUCGUUGCACUACCCGUUGUUGAUGCUCCAGUCGUUGCACCACCAGUUGUUGAUGUCCCAGUUGUUGCACCACCAGUUGCUGAGGUCCCAGUUGUUGCCCCUCUGCUUGACCCUAUACCUGUGUUUGUUAACCGUGCACCAUUUGCUACCCACGUUGAUCCUAGAUACGCUGUUGGUACAUUGUGUCUAAAGCCUAUGUCUUAA